AUGUGCCAGCCCGCGCAUGCGCCAUGCGGAGCGGCCUUGGCGANNGGGCAAGCGCGGAGGCCGGCGUUUGCACCUGCUCUUCUCCGUGUCUGCCCAUACAUUUUUUUGAGCCCGCCGACUUUCUCAAGUCUGAUUGCCUUCAUACUCGACCACACAUCAUCCACAAUGCCCAAGGUCGGAAAGCCCAUCUCGAAGCGCACCUCGACGCGCCUGCGCAACAGCAUUCAGAAAAAGUCUGCCGAGAAGCAAAGAAAGCUCCGCAAGCAAGCAAAAAACAACCCGGAAUGGCGCUCCAAGAUUAAGAAGGACCCUGGUAUUCCCAACCUGUUCCCCUUCAAGCAAAAGGUUCUCGACGAGAUUGAAGAGUCAAAGAGGAGGAAGGAGGAGGACAAGCAGAGAGCCCGUCUGUUGGCAAAGGCUCGUCGCGAGGGCAUUGAUGUCAAGGAUAUCGACCAGGUCGCCGCCGCCGAGGACGAUGAGGACAUCGACAUCAGCGACAUGGACGACGACGACGAUGCUAUGGACGAAGACGCAUCAAACCCCAUGGCUGCUCUGCUCGCCUCAGCACGCGCCCGCGCACAGGACUUUGACGGCGAAGCCGAGGAGGACGAGGACGACAUGGACGAGGACAUGUCCGACGACGACAAUGACGAGGAACAGGCUAUGAACGCCCCCACCGUGCGCAAAGAUUCUUCUCGCCGCGCAUUCGACAAGGUCUUCAAGAACGUCAUCGAGCAGGCCGAUGUUGUCCUGUACGUUCUGGACGCUCGCGACCCCAACGGAACACGAUCAAAGGAGGUCGAGAGACAGAUCAUGGCUGCAGAGGCUGGACACAACAAGCGUCUGAUCCUUGUCCUCAACAAGAUCGAUCUCAUCCCUCCCCAAGUCCUCAAGGACUGGCUCAUCCACCUCCGUCGCUCAUUCCCUACUCUCCCUCUCCGUGCUGCCAACUCGGCUGCCAACGCCCGUACUUUCGACCACAAGGCCUUGACUGUCAAGGGUACCUCCGAGACCCUCUUCCGCGCCCUCAAGACCUACGCCCACUCUUCUCAACUCAAGCGUGCCAUCACUGUCGGUGUCAUCGGAUACCCUAACGUAGGAAAGUCGUCCGUUAUCAACGCUCUGACUUCCCAACUUGGCAAGAAGGGCAACUGUCCUACUGGUGCUGAGGCCGGUGUCACAACCAGCUUGCGUGAGGUCAAGAUUGACAGCAAGCUGAAGCUUCUCGACUCGCCCGGUAUUGUUUUCCCUUCAUCCGCUGAGGGUGCAAAGGCCAACCGCACAGAGGAGCAAGCCCGUUUGAUUCUGCUCAACGCUGUGCCGCCGAAGGAGAUCGACGACCCCGUCCCUGCUGUUACUCUACUGCUCAAGCGUUUGAGUGCCAGUGCCGAUGGCUUCCAGAAGCUGUUGGAUGUUUACGGGCUUCCCGCUCUGAUGACUGCCAACGGCGACCUCACCACAAACUUCCUUGUCCAGGUCGCUCGUAAGCGCGGCCGUCUUGGAAAGGGCGGUGUCCCCAACAUGCACGCUGCUGCACAGACGGUCGUCACUGACUGGAGAGAUGGCCGCAUCCAAGGCUGGAUGGACGCACCGACGCUACAACUCGCCAAGGAGGGCAAGAAGACUCCUGGCAACAGUGACAGCACUGGCCUUGUUGGUGACCAGAAGGAGAUUGUCACCGAGUGGGCCAAGGAGUUCAAGCUCGAGGGUCUCUGGGGUGAUGCUAACGAGGACACGGCAAUGGAGUCGUAA